AUGCAACUAGAAGUAGUUCUUGCCAAGAAGGCAAGGACUAAAACAGUCCUGCUCCGAUCUCUAGAAUCAAGCUGUGAAGAAAUAGCCCGCCUUGAGAAAGCCCUAGAAUAUGCUAAGGAUACUCAUCUCAUCCUAGAAAGCGACUUGACCAGCAUGGAGAGAGCUCGCACGACGAUGCUCGAGAAGCUGAAGCCUCAGAGAGAGAAGCUGGUUGAAAUGGAACGAGAGGCCGCUAAGGCCUUGACCACCACUGAGGACUCACUGAAAGCCGAUUUGAAGGUGGAGCUUGAACGAGCUUACGAAGAAAAACUCUCCAAAUUGAAAGCACAAAUCUGCGACGCACAUGCCUCUACGUCAGGAGGAGGAGAUGCUACACAUGACUCGCAGCCACAGGACACAUCAUGCGGAGAUGCUCCACAUGACGUGGAGAUACAGGCUGAUCCUACACAGCAUGCGGAGAUACCACCACCACCGCAUGCAGAUAUAUUGGAGGAGAGGAGAUUUGAGCCGUAUAGCGUAGCUUUAGAAGCUGCGGCACUACCGCCAGAUUCUAUUCCGGAUCAGCGAGCCCACGGUCCGGCCAAUGUGAGGGAUGAUUGGGAUUCUUAUCAUGAUAUGCGCCCCAUCGCGCUGCAAAGGUACGAACAAGCAAAACGUAGAUGCCUCGAACUGAAAGGUACCGAGAAACCUCCUCGACGCGGCCGCAAUGCUACUAAGGAAUCGAGCCUCAUCCCUGAUCUUAAUCGGAGGGCUGUGAUCCGAUGGGAAAACGGAGUGCCUGUUGGGGCCUUUGCCAAUGCUUUCAACAAUUUCCUUGCCGUUUUAGCCAGGAGACACGAUUUCUUCAACAUAUUUUUGACGUGGAAAUCGCAGCGGAUUGAUGCGCUGGUGGCUUGUUGGAGAUAUAUAUGUCGAUUUUUCUUUCUUGACGAUAAUAUUUGUGCCUGGACGUACUGCUUCGGGCAAAUCAAUGUAUCGUUCAAGAGAUGGCGGUUUGAGGUAAAGAAAAAAUAUUUUGUCCAAAUAACAGAAGAUUGGGAGCGAUACUGGCAUCUUGACACGCGUGUGGAUGGAGUAGAUUUUUUUGCACUUUGCAGUUACUGGGACACGGCUGAAAUUCAGGCUCAAGCUGAAAUAGCAAGGAGGAAUCGCAACGCGCCUCGCAAUUACGAGCAUCACGGGGGUUUUUAA